AAAAAAGAGAAUGGGUGGAGACAGGAGUGUGGAGAGCAAGGAAUGGUACAUGGCAGCCUAUGCUACUGAAGGUGUUCCAUCAUCUGAUCAUCUGAAAAUGCGGAGUGUAACUCUAUCAGUAGGCGUUGAUGAUAUCCCAGAUGGCCAUGUCGCCGUUGAGAUCAUCUGGAUCUCUGUUGAUCCUUAUCUACGAACCAAAAUGUGCGGCCGUAAAGAUGGUCUUGAUAUGCCUCCUUUCCAACUCAAUCAGGCCAUAAGUUCAGUUGGAAUUGGAAAAGUAAUUAGUUCAAGAGACAAAAAUUACGAGGAGGGUGACAAUGUGCUUAGCUUUGCAAUCCCAGUUGCUGAAUUCUGUAUCAUACCAUCAGGGAUGAUAACGAGCAAGAUUGAACCACCAAAAGGGAUAACCCUGCCACACUAUCUCAGUUGCUUUGGUGUAGCUGGGUUUGCAGCCUGGGUGGGGAUAGAGAUGAUAGGAGAGGCAAAGGCAGGCGCAAAUGUGUUCAUCUCAGCCGCAGCUGGUGGUGUUGGAAUGGUUGCUGGACAAUUGGCAAAGCUUAAAGGUUGCAGAGUCAUUGGAAGUGCUGGAUCUGAUGAAAAGAUAAAGCUGUUAAAGGAGGAAUUUGGAUACGACGAUGCUUUCAACUACAAGAAAGAAAAAGAUUUUGAUGCAGCAUUGAGCAAGUAUUUCCCAGAAGGGAUAGACUUAUACUUGGAUAACGUUGGUGGUAAAAUGCUAGAAGCUGUCCUCAACCAUGUUAAUCAUCAUGCAAGGAUCCCACUCUGUGGAAUGAUUUCUCAAUAUAAUAAGGAUUGGCAUGAGAGAGAUGGCAUAAGAAACUUGCUUAACUUGGUUGGCAAAGAGGUGAGGAUGGAAGGUUUUCUGUUGGGUUCACAUUUGAAUCGUUUCGUUGAUUUUGUUAAGGAGAUGGAAGGUUACUUAAGUCAAGGCAAAAUUAAUUUCAAGCACAACAUCUUCAAUGGGAUUGAGAGCUUCUUAGAGGGCUUUGCCUCCAUGUUCUCUACCUCUGACAAUAUUGGCAAACCUAUCAUUCAACUCAAAUAGCACUAAACUGAGCACAAUGGCGGACUUAAGAGGGCCAGCAAGAGCUACCAUCUUCUCUGAAAUUUUAAUUUCGAAGUGAGACCAUUUCAGUUUAGCUAUUACCCUUUCUGUUGCUUGGCUUAGUAAGGCUUGGUAUUGAUUUCAAGCCUUUAUCUUUCAUUUUAUACAUGCAUGUUUUAAGUUGA